UUCGGGUCCAUCCCCAGGACUCAGGACCCGCCCCGCAAUACUUUCCCGCCAAUUGCUUCCUUAAUAAGCAGAAUACAGAGACGGAGUGACAUCCAUUUCUUAUUCGUUCGAUUAUUCGCGCUCUCACUCUGUCGAUUUCUACGAUUAUUCCGAUGAAAUCAAUGGCCACCUCCAAAACCCUAACGGACUUCUUCCAACCCGCGUCGAAGCGCCCAAAGAAGGACCCUUCAUCCCCCUCCAAGACGUCGCUUCCGCUUCCCAGGCCGAUCAAUACCGCCCCCGCGGCCGCUUUCUCGGCCGUCUGCAAAUCGGCAAACGAUGCCGGCAAGUCCAAGAUUUCCACCGUCGAUCUCACCGUGGAACAGAAAAGGAGGAUGGAGCUCAACCAGUUUCACGCACAAUCCAAAAGAAAUAUUAGAAUCUGUCUCGAUGCAGUCUCCAAGUCCAAUUCAGUGAUGAGGUUGAAAUCUGCAGAGGGGAAGGGUAUUGUGAAAUUGGAACAACUCCUGGUGGAGGAGACUUGGUUGGAAGCCCUCCCUGGGGAGCUGCAGAAGCCAUAUGUGAAAGAGCUCUUCAAGCUUCUUGAAAGUGAAAUAUGUGGAGGCAGCGGUGUGCCAAUCUACCCGCCGCUUCACUUGAUAUUUAAUGCCUUUAAUACCACCCCAUUUGAUAGGGUAAAGGCUGUCAUCAUUGGCCAGGAUCCAUAUCAUGGACCUGGUCAAGCAAUGGGCCUUUGUUUUUCCGUGCCCGAAGGUGUGAAGCUUCCUUCAAGUCUGUUAAACAUAUAUAAAGAGCUUCAGCAAGAUUUAUGCUGUUCAAUUCCACCUCAUGGAAAUCUGGAAAGAUGGGCUAUCCAGGGUGUUCUACUUCUAAACGCUGUUCUUACUGUUAGGCAGCAUCAGGCAAAUUCUCAUGCAAAGAAAGGGUGGGAGCAAUUCACUGAUGCUGUUAUCAAAACAAUUUCACAGAAGAAAAAGGGCGUUGUCUUUCUUCUUUGGGGAAACUAUGCUCAAGCAAAAUCCAGGUUGAUUGAUGAGACAAAGCACCAUAUCCUUAAAGCAGCUCAUCCUUCUGGUUUAUCAGCUAACAGAGGCUUCUUUGGGUGCAGGCAUUUUUCUCUCACAAACAAGUUCUUGGAGCAAGUGGGAAAGGAUCCCAUAGACUGGCAACUAUAAACUGGAGAUGCUGCCCAAUUUCUUUUGACUGCCUUCUGACACCUGCAUUGUAAAGUCUCAUGUAAUGCUGUUUUGCUGGUUUUUGCUUGUAAUUUUGAUGCACCCCAUGGUUAGAAGUUUGUUCAGCAGCAGCCAGCGUGUGAUUGAACUGUGGUGUGCCAAUUCAGUGUGCUGAGAAAUGUUGCUAAUUUGUAGGCAAGAAUUGCUGUUUAUGAGAUUAAUCUUAUCAUGAAUAUGGGUGUGACAGUACGUGAUUUGAUUGGGACACUACUUUUGUUU